CCUCCUUCCUCCACUCUCUUUUUGUUUAUCUCUGACUUUGCCAUUUGCUCUCGAACUCCCCUCUCACCUCUUCUAGUCAUUCGUUUAUUAUCCCUCACCCUGAUAUAUCACAUAUCAAAAUGCCCCCCCAGCACUCCCUCUUGAAUCUCACCUUCAACCACGUUGCUUUUCCUCCUCAGCUUCCUGGAAAGCAGGACCCUCGUGAUGAAGACGUGAAUGGGGAUCUGACGCGUCGCUUGCUUGAUGCCGUCAAGGCUCUUAGAGAACAUGGCCAGAGUGAAGCCUCGCCAACCUGGAAUACCAUUGAGAAGUCAUUAGCUCUUUGCACUCUGGUGAACGAGAAUGGUCAUAUCAACAAGGCGCGCCUGCUCAAAGCCUUCAAGAACAUUCAACCUGAUCACGCCGUCAUCUUGCACAUCGUCGAGCAGAAUGCUGGCGUCAUGAUUCGGCAGUCAGAAAGUGACGAUAAAACUGUGAUUUUUGAAGCCUUCGAGACGUCCGCUAUGGCCGAGCAGACCCUAGCAGCUCGCGGCGCCCUGCAGUGGGAUUUCCCGGGAGUAGCAGCCUCUUUGCCUCUGGAUGAGUUUCAAAACCCCAGUUUCCAGGAGAACAUGGCUUCGUUCUUUGAGAAAGCAAGCCUUGAGCUGCUCGAAGAGUUUGCACCCAAGUCAAGAAAGGCUGGGGUAGAUGUCACCGAGACACGAGAUACCGUGGACCCUGCAAUCAUUACCCAGUUCUUCAUGACACUCGUUGAAACGAAGGGAAGCCGUGUACAACCCAAGCUCCUUCGGAAGCGCGUCAAGGACGACGUGAUCUGGGAUGAUUCUGAGAUGCCGUGGCGCAGAAGCCCAUUCUGGCUUCUCCUUCGAGUCUGCACCCAACGUCUCCUUUACCUUCGUCAUGGCGCCAGCAUGGGGCGUAUGAUGUACAAGUUUUUGAUGUGCUCGGUUCUUUCAAAUCUGCUGGAAGAUGUGUCAGAUGUACUACUUCCUGAACAGGGCAGCUUUCUCCAAGCCAAACUCUGUCGCCGUCUAGCGAAACUGGACACGGUAAAAGAGAGAUCUGACCCAUUACUGAAGACUCAUUAUGCUCAGAUGUUCAAAGCACUGGGUCCCAUAUACCAAAGGUCCAUCGAUAACAUGACCCAAGUGACUAAAUCAAGUUGGAACGCCUUCAAGAACUCAGUUUCCCGCAAGAUACCACGGCUGCCAAAACGAGCCGGCAGCGAAGACCUUCGGCUGUCGCUACCAAACAGCGGAGUUUACCUUCAGGAAAUCAUCAACGAGACCCAGUCCCGGAGGUCAGGACACCGUACCACUGACAGGAAAGCGCUCGAUCAAACAAAAGGCACACAACAGUUCCGCGACUUAACCGCUCGUUAUUCCUUGCUCGCCCAGACGGAGCUUGCGAUCGAAGCAAAGAGUCGUACUACCCCGGCUUCUAAGGGCGACGCUGUGAAGCUUUGCUUGGAAUACGCUAGUCAAAUCGAUGAGUACAUGGAGAUGGUCGGAGAUGCAUAUGGAUCCAACCCGGAACAGAUGAGCGUAUUCACUCUUACGUUGUUCGAGCUAUGGGUCCACAUGGACAAAUGUGCGACAGUUGCCUAUCCGGUUUUCAGAGAAUUCCACCCAGCCUUUAACCCAUGUCUGCUCGAUAUCCUUCUUCUUUCAAGAUUCAUAGACCUGGAAAGGCUUCGAAGAAUCCAAUCUUAUCUUCACGAUCGUUGUACCCAUGCAACAACUGAUAUGACGAUCUUCUCAGACCCAGCGCCGGGUUGCUUUGCGGAUAGAUUCUUUGAGGAAGAAAGGGGUCCUUUUCUGAAGUUGCUCGAGACGCAGAUAGAAGCCGCCUCUCUAGCUUCUAGAAAGGACAAGGAGGAUGAAUUAGAGAAGAUUAAUUCUGAAUUUCACGAUCUGACCGAGAGAAGAGCAACAAGCAUCUGCACAGAACGGCAAAAUGAGGAUGGGACUCACGACAUCAGAGGCUGCACCUACUGCUACUAUUUGCGGAGACGGAAGCGAUUGAGGAUCAGCAUCCACGAAGAUUUUCUUCCAUCUGAAAGUAAGGUGGCUGAACGUAGAGCCGUUGUGUUGGAACUGGGAAUGCCCAAGAUCGUCGCUGCAUACCGUCGCACAACGUGGGAGAUUUUGAACACGCUCUGUCCUCACGGAGAACAAGCACUCAAAGAAAGUCCAGAAUGCCUACUCGGGGACUAUGCACAGCUCAUCCCCUACAACAAGUACAAUAGUGUGAAGGGACCCUCCCUCGCUUCUCAUACAAAGUCUUAUUUGGGGACACACUAUAGCUGGAAGAGGCUGCCAGCGAGUGCCAAAAUGGUACUGAUGCCCAUGGGACUGCAAUUCUCCUACUUCGACACAAAGCGGAAUAUUUGGAUGAGGGACCUCCCUGCCCCAUUGACAUUCGCCCAUCACUUUUCGAUUGCGUUGCCUGCCAAUUUUCCUCUCACGAACCUCUUCGAAUCUGGCGGAUUUGCAGCAGAUGGACCAGGUCCUUCUUCUUACGAGGCCAUUGCAAGUAUCAGCGAGUGUCCGCCUGAGCUGACGACCCAUGAGUUUAUUGCACACCAGAGUCUCGUGGCAGGCAGGUCUAGGCGCUGGCUAGAUAUCCUGGGUGAGCUGGGCUCUUCAAAUGUGAACUUCAGUGUACAGACUACAUGUGAUCUCAUGCACCGCCUCGUACUCCAGGCCGGCCCUAUUUCCACAGACUACGAGGGAGUUCUGCGAGUCGUUCAUGUUGUUUUUAAAGACUUGGCCUUUUGUCGGAAACUCAUCGAAAAGGUUCACCAGCACAUUGAAGCUAUUUCAGCAAAUUGGCGGGAAACAAUCUACAUGGAGACUAUGUUGACAAUUGCAAUCCAACUCCAUGCUCUCGGUCAUCGGGAGUUGUUUCCAGAUAUACAGGCGCUUUUGUUACGGAUCCGUCGUGUCACGCUUUCCUGGGUCUGUGUAUUACGCAAGGAAACCCGAAAUGCAUGGCAGAUAGACACCGCGGAAAGACUGGCCCGCUAUUGCUUUCUGUCUGCACUUCUGUGCCGGAGGACAUUCUAUCCCCACGCUUACAACGGUAUUCCGAUGAGCGGGGAAGACUUUCGGUGUUUCGUUGAGGCUACACUUGCGAUGCAAGAAAGCCUGGUAGUCGACCUCAAAAGGUUUUCAACAACCACAAAAAAUCUCUUAAUCCGUGACAUCAAAAUGGUCGCCAGGAUGAAGGCCGUUCUUUUAUCAUCAGCCAGAAUCAACCCCACAAGCCUAGGAGCUGCAAUUGAUGCUGCAUGGCCCGAGGCAAGCAGCAUUCCGCGCAAUUAUACGGAUUGGCAAAUACUCCCCGAACCUUACGAAGGCUGGGUCAUGUCAACGGUGCAAGCCACCGAGAGCGUCGAGUUGCAAGAAUUUCACCAUCAUCUUCUUGAGGGCCAUUUCCUCAUCAAUGGACGGGCCCUUGGAAAGUUGCCACCUGACAUCAGUGACUCCCAAGUUCUCAGAGACCUUUUCGGCAACCAAAGACUCUUUGCUCUUCCAUCCAACAUGCCUGGAAUGGACUUCACGCUCGGCAUAAUUAUCAAGAACCACCAGAUCCACAUUGGAUAUCGAAAGAAUACUUUGAUAGUGAGGGCGGUCUACCAGGGAGAUAUUCUAGAACUGGUUCCUAGGUCCGUCUUUGGCACCACUCUGACCCCAGACCUGCCAGUAUCAAUGACUUUAGAUUGUGUCCACUGGCUCAACUUGAGACUGGGAACAAUCGAGGUCAGGAGAAAACCGGCAAUAUGGUACCACCGGCCCGGGAAUUGGAAUAUCGAUCUCAGAACAAGGACAGCAUCUCGCAGGUCCGUUUCUCUUGUUGAUCCACACAGCGAUAUCUUUCGCCAGGUCGCUAGAGUGUUCAGCAACUUCGAGUGCCCUCCCUACCUGACAGUGUUUCAGCCGAGAAAGCAAUCGCUCUCAAUUGAGAUAAAGCGAAUGGAUCUGAGUUUUCACGUCAAUAACAGACAGCUUUUGCAUUGCAAACAGCUACAUGCUGAAAUGGAUCUCAACCAGGACGCUGGGACUUUGUUUGGAUUGCAAAGCAUGCUUGUUCUUCGAAAUCCAUCGCAGCGAUUCAUCAUUACCACCAUGGGUAGGAUUCACUAUGAGCGGCAGGGCAUGCAUACUCUUGUUCGCAUGGAGAAUGAUGGAAGAUAUGCACGAUACAUAAUUGAGAAAGAACUCGGACGGUUGCAUUGUCCCCCAGUGCCACAGCUUCUGUGCAUAAAAGCAACGCUACACGCCUUUACCUCGUGCAUGGUGCCGGACCCCCUUACUAAGCGAACAGGAACCGAAGAAGCAUUGCUCUGUCUUCAAUCAGGAUGUUUUCAACCUUGGACACCCAAGGCUGCGUCACGUGAAGUAUUGGAAGAUCUGUCGAAUCUCACGCCACGACGGGAAUUCUAUCCGAAGGAUAAGAGGGCGCAGCAGAAGGUUGAGUGGAAUCCUCAUUUGACAACGACAAUUCAACACGAUGCUUAUGGGCCUUUGGUUGCUUCAAUUCUGGGAAAGUCCGAACGGUUGUCUUUAUUCGACAAACAAAACUCGACUCCACGUACGGAUGAGCCAUGGACAUCAAUCGAAUUGCGUAAGCGGGCCCAGUGGCGACGCUCCAUAUAUGAACGUCCGGAUACCAUAUUCACACAGUCGGUCACAGCACUUGACCUUUCCUACAAUUCUCGCGACGCUGUCUUUCGGGGCCAGUUGAUGAUUGGCGGUUAUGCAAAUAGCUUCACACCGCAUGUCUUACAGGAGACCCUGAACACCAAUCUUGCUGUGGAAUGGGGCGGCCUGGUCAACAAGUGCAAAGACUGCCAUCCAGAGGAUGUCUGUGAUCUCAUCUUUCAUAUAGGGGCCAUAGCCUUCAGAAAUAACGUCGACAUGGCGAUCAUCCGUGUCCUUCUUGCGUUUUUCUUUGUUCAGGGUCUGAAAGAACUCCAAUACCCUCAGUGCACAUCCUUUGAGAAAUUCGAGUUAAAUGCACAGCCCACAUCCCGCGUCUUACUAAGUCUCACAAGGCCAUUUUGGACUCGAUUCGAAGAUGUAUGGGAGGCAAAGAAGAAUGGGAAGCAUGUGGGUCGUGACAAGCGUCGCCGCGAAGCUGCCAAAGAGGAUCAUGAGAUGAAAUGUGAGAUGGACCACGAAAAGCUUAUUGCUUUCCUCAUCCGUCAGUGGCCUUGUGAUCGACCAACUUCUGCUGGAUUCCAGACAGUUUACCUUGACAUUGAGAAAUCGAUCGACGCCAUUGCUCCUGAGUGGCUGCGUUUAUACAACAACAGUCUGUUUGCGAAACAUUUGGAAGAUGUUCAAAAGGUUCUGGAUCGGCAUUCUGAUUAUCAAAUGGACUUUGAGAUCAUCCAUGACUCGCACCGCAGUGAAGUAUUUGGCCCGAAUUGGUAUCCGUUUACCAUUCCGUCUCUCGGCAAAGAGCUUCUCCAAAGACCUGGGCCCAAAUCAAAAUCACUGGAAGCAUCAGUUGGCCGCGUCAAGGGUCUUGCUCAGGAUUGGUGGGUCGCGUUUUGCAAUGCAGCUGGUGUUGAAGUCGAACAGCAGGAUAUACCAGAUACCACGGAACUCGAGAACAUUGUACAAAAUCUGAUGCGAUCCGACUGCUCCGUGAGAUGCAACUACGCCCAAGAUCUGCAAAAAAGCAUUGCGACUCUUAAAUCACCCGACCGGGCUCGAGAACAGCGAAUGAGAGUGAAAAGCGAUUUCAAAACAAGGAUUCUCGGCCUCAAAAAUGAAAUCUUGUCAGCUCGCCGGAUCGUCAGUCAAAUACAUACACGAAUAUCCGUUGCUCUCUCAUGUGACUAUCCGGGAGCUUUCUGGUUACAGAAAGCCAAUCUUUGGCCUUGUCUGUCGCCGACAGCCAUCCUUGAACAUCUUCGGUCAACGUCUUCCUGUGAAUUUGGGUCCAAUAUGAGACCAGUGCUGAUAUCGUACGGUAUGGCAAUCGCAAAAUUACAACAGCUGCUUCGUAUGCAAGAAGCAUUGCAGAAGAGGGAUGAAGCAAAGCUUUGGCAAGAGUAUCGCAACCCCGGUCAUACUAAUUGGCAUCCCGCUCAAUACCCGGAUUGGCUGUUGCUAGAGCUAGAUGCAAACAUUCAAAUCCGUGAGGAUCAGGUCACCGUGGCGCGUGAAAUUGUGGCUCCAACCUCGGGUUCGAAUUCUGUCUUGCAAAUGAAUAUGGGGCAGGGCAAAACAUCUGUCAUCAUGCCAAUGGUCGCAUGUCUACUUGCUGAUGGUAAAAGGCUCACGAGACUAAUUGUUCCGAAGUCGCUCCUGUCGCAAACUGCACAGACCCUUCAGUCUCGCCUUGGGGGGCUUGUAGGCCGAGAAGUUACCCAUGUCCCCUUCUCCAGACAGACACCGACAACACCUAGUCAUACACGGGAAUAUAGGGAGCUCCACUAUCAGAUGUUGCGCAAAUGCGGAAUCAUUUUAGCUGUGCCCGAGCAUAUCCUAUCUUUUAAGCUGAGUGGACUACAACGAGUGUCUGACAUGAAGAUCGACGAAGCUGCCGAGAUGGUUGCGAUCCAAAAUUGGAUGGGCAAAGCCUGCCGUGACAUUUUGGAUGAGUGUGAUUUCACUCUGGCGGUAAAGACACAAUUGAUCUAUCCUAGUGGCUCCCAGCUCACGGUUGAUGGCCAUCCAAAUAGGUGGGAAGUUAUUAUCACGGUGCUAAGUCUCGUUUCGCAGCAUCUGCCCGACCUGGCGCAUGAAUAUCCUGACAGCAUUGACAUUCUGGAAAGAACAGCCACGGAGUUUCCCGUCGCCUAUUUCCUGAGGAGGGAUGUGGAGGACGCCCUGAUGCGAAGGAUAGUAUAUGACGUCUGUUGUUCUCGCACGUGGAUACUGCCGCUGAGGAAUUGCACGCUGGAAGAGCAGAACGCGAUCCGAACUUUCAUUUCUGAAGAAACAGUUGCCUCUGAGAUUCUGGAAUGCAUUUCGGCGCUCUUUCCCGACUCACCUGGCGCUCGGAAGAGCCUUUACUUGCUUCGUGGGCUACUCGUGCAUGGGAUUCUGCUCUUGUGCUUGAAGAAAAGGUGGAAUGUUCAGUAUGGCCUCCAUCCACGGCGUGAUCCAAUGGCUGUACCAUUCCAUGCGAAGGGAGUUCCUUCUGAUCAGGCAGAAUGGGGACAUCCAGACGUCGCCAUAAUUUUCACAUGUCUCUCAUUCUAUCAUCAAGGCCUUGAUGAGAAGCAGUUUCAGCAAAGUUUGCGGGCGGUUCUACGAUCCGACGAUCCAUCUUUGGAGUAUGACAGAUGGACGCACGCGUCGGUCACUUUACCCGAGCAACUGAAGCACUGGAACAUCAUCAAUCUCGAUGACAGUUCCCAGCUUAUGGAGAUCUGGCGACAUUUACGCUUCACCGUGGUUGCCAUCAACCAUUUUCUCAACAACUUCGUCUUUCCGAUUCAUGCCAAGCAAUUUGCGAUCAAGCUGCAGGCGUCAGGCUGGGAUGUCCCAUUAUUUAGUAACACCAAUGUCGCGUCAAAGGAUAAGUGUGGCAAUCGUCCAGGAAUCACGACUGGUUUCAGUGGUACCAACGACAACCGCAGGCUUCUUCCACUUACUAUCCAGCAGCACGAUCUGCCUGGUCUUUCGCACACAAAUGCCGAGGUUUUGACCUACCUUCUCCAGCCGCGCAACAGAUUUUACGAAGUUGCCAUCGCUCCAGAUGGGAAACGACUGUCCGAGGUCGGUCUUUUGGGAUAUCUCAAGGGAAGAGAAAUCCGGGUUCUCAUCGAUGCGGGUGCAUACAUUCUGGAGAUGGGGAAUCGGGCCCUAGCAAAGGCAUGGCUACAGGCGGACAUACAAGCGCAGGCAGCUGUUUACUUCGGUCCAGAUAACAAAGCUUGGGUUGAGUUUCGCGAAGGGAAUACCAUUCCACUGCUCGCAACCCCUUUCGCAGACAACCUGAAUGACUGUCUUGUUUACCUGGACGAGGCCCACACAAGAGGAACUGAUUUAAAGCUGCCACCUUUCGCCAGAGGGGCUUUGACGCUGGGCUUGAAGCAGACAAAGGAUCAAACGGUACAAGCUGCGAUGAGACUACGCCAACUUGGUACGACACAAUCGAUCACGUUUUUCGCUCCUCCUGAAGUGCACCGGAGUAUUCUUGAUGUUUGCAAUAAAAGUCCGAAUGACCUCAUUGACUCCGCCGACGUGGUAACUUGGCUUCUGGAUCAGACAUGCACCACGAAUGCCGAACUGCAAUACCUUUACCUUGCCCAGGGCGUCGACUUCUGUCGGCGCACCGAUGCCGCCGCGAACAACCCAAGCUUCCUCACAUAUUUCGCGGCACGACAGGAGUACUUGAAGGUGCUACGCCAACCUGAACAACAGACCCUAGAACAGCUGUACAAGCCAAGGACCAAGAAGCAGGCGGGUGACCAGGUCGGAUCUGAGAAGAGAGGUCUUAUACUCAGUGGCAAGGUGGCCAACUUCAUCCAGGAGCUGCGAGCCAGAAAAGGCGAGUUAAAGGACAUUUCGGGGCAGCUAACGAGCUCGGCGUUGGAAGAAGUCGAACAGGAGCGCGAAGUCGCCUUCGAAAUCGAAGAGGAACGAGAAAUCCAACGACCUCCCCGGAUGACGGCACUCGAGUUCCCCGGGCUUAGCGAGUCGCUCAAGCGGUUUAUUUCGACGGGGUUGAUUGACGAUGAAGGGUUUGCGAAGGCGUCUCGGAUCUUACAGCAUACGGAGUUGGGAGAAAAAUAUUCGAUCGAAGCCUUUUCCCUUCUGCCCCGGCUGUAUGUGUCUGUUGAAUUCACCAGGACCAUCAAGUUGAAGAUGGGGAAGAGAAAUGACAAUUUUACGCGGUCGGUGAACUGGGUUCUCUUUCACACUAAGACGCAAACGGCUGUUGUUAUCAUCCCAGAAGAGUCCGAAGCGCUCAUCCCUAUCCUACGAAGCAUGGAAGCCCCUUCCGUGCACCUAAUUCUGUACGCGCCGCCAUACACAAAGCGCAUGUUGGAAUUCGAUCGGCUAGAUUACUACGCGAUUCCAAGUCUCCCUCCCGACUGGACACCUCCCGAUUGGCUUCCGCUUGAACUGGGAAUCCUUGCGGGACGGCUAUAUUUCGAUUAUGCUGGUUACCAGACCCUGCUACAUGCACUCUAUCUGACGCCAGAAAGCCUGUCGCCCUAUGACGAGUCUACAUCGCAGUCGAUUCAGGCGCGCACCAAACGGCAUCUAAGCUUUCUGCAGGAGUGGCUGGCGCUUCGACGCCAAGGUCAAGACGUGUCGCAUACUCCGAUGGGGUACGUGUGUCAGGAAUGGCCUCUUCGCAGCGAUCAUCCGUUCUUUGAGGCUAGAAGAGCGACGCAGGUCAUGGCCGACGCAGGAAAUCGACCACAUAGUCCCACUGCCGACAGCGUGGAUACCCAAGGAGACGAGUUUUAUGACAGUGGUGAGGAUGAACAGAUUGACAUGUUUGACGAUGCGUAUGAAGAAACGGAGGGGAGUGAUACGGUUUAUGAAUAGGAUUGUAUGUAAAGUAGUUU